AUGUCAGUCCUUGCGUAUGCCGAUGACCUGGUUCUCGUGGCCCGCAACAAAAGCACCCUGCAAAAACUCCUGGACUCUGCAUCGACAAGUGCCUCCACAGUUGGCUUGGAAUUCCGUCCCAACAAGUGUGCGUCCCUCUCCUUUGUAAAUGAACGGCGUCAACCACAACGACUCGAAUUGAAUGAAUUCAUCGUCCAAACCCGACCCAUUCCAGCAAUGUCACAUGAUGAGCACUACCGAUACCUUGGCGUUCCCAUCGGAAUGAUCCACCGAAUAGACGACAUUCCAUCUAUCGUCCCCCAAGUUAUCGAAGAUAUCCACGCUAUCACCAACUCCCUACUUGCACCAUGGCAAAAACUGGACGCAAUCAGAUCCUUUGUAGAACCGUGCCUCACCUAUGCCCUUCGUGCUGGCAACCCCUCCAAGCAAUCCUUAGAACCUCUCCGCACCGUUCUAAUCUCAUCGCACCGCACCAUAUAUGACCUCCCGAAAAGAUCCACCCAAGCGUACUUCUUCGCCUCUAAACACGUCGGCGGUCUCGCAUUUCAAGACCCCACAAAAGAAGAUGACGUUCAAGCUAUCGUGCAGGCUAUAAGAAUCCUCUCCUCAUCCGACCCCACAGUAGCUGUGAGCGCCUGGAACGAACUACGUAGUGUUGUCAGCUGUGCCACAUCAUCCAACCCUACUCCAGCCCUCCUGACAGAGUUCCUCUCCGGAUCCACCAGUAACCGCUGUUCCAACCUGAACUAUGCUGCCAGCUCCUUGUGGUCUCGGUGUUGCAAUGCCUGCCGCCGUCUGAAGGUCUCCUUCCACUUCUCUGAGACUGACCUCAUCUCCAUAUCAGCUGACGACUCCGCCAAGAUCCAUGCCAAAACAGCUUCGCAGUUUCUCCACCGCCUUAUCCAACAAAGAGCUGCCAAUACCCUCAUGUCCCUACGUGACCAAGGCAAAGUUGCCCAAUCGUUAGCGACGGACUUGUAUGCGAACGGCUCAACGUGGACUCACACCGGUGUCAACAUGAGAUUCAAAGAUUGGAGGUUCAUCCACAAAGCCAGAUUAAACCUUCUACCAACCAAUUCCGUCAAAGCCCGAUGGUGCAACACCUCUCCUACCUGUCGCCACUGCGUCGAAACCGAGGCACUACCGCACAUCCUUUGUCAUUGUCGUCCCGAAAUGGUCUCUAUCCGUGCCCGACAUAACAAGAUUGUUCACCGUAUUUCUCAUGCCAUCCGUUUCGGCCAAGUCACAACAGAUCAUGCUAUCGCCAGCGCCAAAUCUCGCCUCAGACCCGACAUAAUCGUAGAGGAAGACAACCAAGUUCUGAUCAUUGAUGUCACCUGCCCAUUCGAUAACGGUCCGACUGCACUAGAAGAAGCUGCUGCCGCUAAAAUCAACAAGUACGAAGUUCUGAAAGAACAUUUCACCGAGCAGAACCGAGUAUGCCACAUCCUACCAUUUGUUAUUGGCGCCCUGGGUUCCUGGUACCCUCCAAAUGAAGCAGUCCUACAACGCCUUGGCAUGACCCGAAGCUACCGUUCUCUAUUCCGGAAGCUCUGCUGCUCUCAUGUCAUCCAAGGCUCCUGCGAUAUCUUCCGGCUCCACUUUGGUUGGGACCAAAACGCAUCUGAGUGA